AUGGUGGAAAAGAAGCCGUUCGACCUGCCGCACUCAUUUUAUUUCUAUCUCGUUCUCCGGUUCUUGGCUGCUGUAAGUGCUUACAUUCUUUUCUCGUUUGCCAUGAAAUUGUCUUCAGAUCUGUUGUAUAAUCGUCAUUUUCGUGAUUGGUCUGAGCCAAUACUGGACGAAUCGAGUAUCCGCCGUCUUCGGAUUGGUCAGUGCGCGUUUCCUUCUUGCUCUGAAUUCAACCCAUUUCCAGGUCUUUGUCAUCAUUGCUCUUCUGUUCUCAGCUUCCGCAAUCUCGAUCCUCUUCAUCUGGGACAUAAACUCGACUACUCUCGUCAAGGUACUCAUUCCCCUUCCUCCCAGCUCCCUUCUCAUCUUCAAAUCUUCCAGAGAUGUCUGUUCACAUUCGUCUUCUCCUUGUCCAUUCUCAUCGCUUCCGUCAUGUUCCUAGUUGCCAACGACGGCUGUGAUCCACGGAUGGUCUCCCAGUUCGGCUGCUACCAAUCCGUUUCCACAGGAUCCUUCCAAGUGGCCUCUGCGUUCGGCUUCUUGAUCCUCGUGCUCGGUUUGAUUGACCUCGCGCUGAACUGCUUCUUCUUCUGGCGGAAUUCGAAACGGCGCACGCCAAUUUAUGACUUCCCGCCGCCAUCUGUUUCUGUCGUCGAAACGGAAAAGUGGGUCGAAAUUAGCAUACACUCGAUUCAAUAUUAUGUAUUUUCAGGACUGUACAUGACAUUUACAUGGAGUACCAUCGGAAAGGACAGACAACUUCGGUUUGA